AUGUUGUUUCUCACAAAGAGUUCAAGUGCGCGACGCUCAUUGCUAGCCGUCUUGUUGGCUCUGUGCUUUUUGAGCUGUGCUUUGGGCGCCAAAAUAAUCAAAAAAGCUGAAAAGCCGCCGUCUAAUGCCAAUGACAAUGAAGACAAAGCCGAUACAGCAGCCGCAGCAGCCGCAGCAGCAACACCCGCAGCUGCUGAAAAGCCAGCUAAUAGCAGCGAUGACGAUGAUGAUGAGAAUGAAGACGAGGACGGGGCUGAUGAGGACGAUAAUGAAGAUGAGGAGGAUGAAGAAGAGGAAGAGCAAUCAGCAGAUAAGGAAGCUUCAGUAGCUGCGCCCUCGACCACAGACAAGAAUCAAUUGCAGCCCGCAGUUGAUCCCACAGAUCUCAGUGUCUGGGGCAUGGUGCGCACACUUUGGAGCUGGCUGCGCAGCGAUCUCAGUGAAAGUCUGUUUGGUGAUGACGACGACGGCGACAAUAACAAAGAGAAGCCAGCUGUUGUGGAGGGCCGUACGUUUGGCAAGAUUCGACGUCUACAAAUGGCUUUGGUCCCCAUCAUCUUUAAGUUUGGCGUGCUCUCAGCCAUGGUCGCAUUUCUGGUCGCCAUUGGCAUGAAGUCUCUCUUCCUGCUGAAGGUUUUGGUGGUGAUGAACGCGCUCGCCAUACUGGGCAAGUUCUUGACGCUAAAGACGAGUCUUUUCGGUCAGUAUGAGAACUCAGCGCCCAGUUUUAGUUAUCCUGGCUGGAAUCCGCAUGCCAAGGAAUCGUGGACGCCCACUGGCUUCAGUGGCAGCCCACCAUCGGGAUCACACCCGCCCAGCAAGGAGAUUCACUUGCACAUUCACGGCAAUGGACAGGCCCAGUCGCAGUUACCCGGACAGAGCUACUCUUAUGAAUCGCAAGGCGGUUGGGCAAGUCGCUCCGAUCCCUAUGGCGCAUAUCAGACCGGACAAUAUGUCGAUCAGCGCCCAAACGAGGUGCCCAACAAUACUGAUCCCAUGUCGCUGCUGCCCACAAAGUACCCGGCGCGAAGUUUGAUUCGGUGA